GCCGCGAUGGACAGCCCGAGUGGGGACCGCCCGCCCGCCGCCGCCCCGUCGCGGGCGAAGCUGCCGCUCAGCAUCGUCUUCUCGACGGCGCUGUUCUGCGGGGAGGGGGCGGCGGCCACCGUGCUCUGCCUCUCCUACAGCCACUCCGACGACCGCUUCUGGCUGGCGCUCACCAUCUUCUUCAUGCUCUGCCCCUCCGUCCUGGUGCAACUCACCCUCACCUUCGUGCACCGCGACCUCAGCCGCGACCGGCCCCUCGUUCUGCUCAUGCACCUGCUCCAGCUUGGCCCCGUUAUCAGGUGCAUGGAGGCCCUGCUGGUGUACUGCAAGUCAGGGAAGAAGGAGGAGCCCUACGUCACCAUCACCCGCAAGCGCUGGCUGCGGAAAGGCUACGAGGUGGAGAUGGAGCAGGAGGUGGGACACUCGGAGCGCCGGCUGGCCACGCACCGCAACGCUUUCAAACGCAUGGCUGUCAUCCAGGCCUUCCUGGGCUCCACCCCGCAGCUCACCGUCCAGCUCUACAUCAGUGUCUUGGAGAAGUACGUCCCUGUUGCCCGAGCCGUCCUCAUGGCCAUUUGCCUGGUGUCGGUCACCUACGGAGCGCUCGUCUGCAACAUCCUGGCCAUCCAGGUCAAGUACGAUGACUACAAGGUCCAGCUGCGGCCACUGGCCUUCCUCUGCAUUGUGCUGUGGCGCAGCCUGGAGAUCUCCACCCGCGUGGCCGUCCUUGUGCUCUUCAGCACCGUCUUCAAGCACUGGAUCAUCCCCAUUGCCCUGGCCAACCUGCUGGUGGUCUUCUUCUUACCCUGGGUGCAGUUCUGGCGCAGCGGCACCCGCCUGCCCGACAACAUCGAGAAGAACUUCAGCCAUGUAGGCACAGUGGUGGUGCUUUGCGCCUUCACCCUCCUCUAUGCCAGCAUCAACAUGUUCUGCUGGUCGGCCGUGCAGCUCAAACUGGCCGACCGGGACCUCAUUGACAAGUCGCAGAACUGGGGCCGCCUGGCCGUGUACUACGUGGCCCGGCUGGCCGAGAACACGGCCCUCGUCAUCCUCUGGUACUUCUUCAAAACAGACGUCUAUGAGAACGUCUGCACCCCACUGCUGGUAGUGCAGCUGCUCCUUGGCUACUGCCUGGGCAUCUACUUCAUGCUCCUCUUCUUCCAGUACCUGCACCCCUGCCGCCAGCUCUUCCGGCACAACGUCGCCGACUUCCUGCACUGUGUCUGCUGCCACCGGCACCCACCAGGGACCCCACUGUGUCUUGAGGCACCCUUUGAGCCCGGUGUGAGGCACAGCAUUGUCUGAGGCACAGCAUUGUCUGAGGCACAGCUAGCACCCAUCUCUUCCAGCUGACUGCAGGCAUGGGGAUGGGCAGCACUGGGCUGCACCAGCAGUCAGAGGAUGCUCGCAGCAUGAGCCAGGCACUGCCUGGUUCUGCAGUGGCAGCCAGUCCCAGUGUGUCUUCACAGUGGCAGGGGGACAGGAAUGUGCUCACCUGCCCAGGACCAUACAUAUGAACAUGAAGGAGGGUUGAUUUGGAUUUGAUACAAGAAAGGAGUUUUUUACAAUGAGAGUGGUGAGGCACUGGCACAGGUUGCCCAGAGAGAUGGUGGACAUCUCAUUCCUGAACAUAUUCAAGACCAGGUUGGAUGGUCAGGCUCUGAGCAGCCUGGUCUAGGUAAAGAUAUCCCUGCCGAUGGCAGGGGAAUUGGACUUUAGAGGUCCCUUCCAAUCCAAACUAUUCUGUGAUUCUACGAUUCAAGGACUUGUGGGGUGCCCAAACCACCUGCAAGCUGGCUGCUGUGCAGUGCACAGCCCAUGGGGUGCCCCUACACCCCCAGCUGCUGCUAGGAUGCAUACUGUGACCUUGGGCCGUGGGUGCCAUUGGGACUGUUUUAAGCAGUAAAGAAACUUUGCUGUGGCUG